UGCGUCACCGCUUGACUCGCUCCACUCGCAGCCGAGGAGCGGAGGAUCUGCGGAGCUCCGGCGUCCCAGCGCGGCCACCUGCCCCACUCAGCUCGGUCUCACAAGCUGGGAAUAAGAAGUCUGUGCCGACCACUGGACGGUUUACGCCUCCUCCGUCAAAGAGGCUGUGGUGAGGAGUGUGUGAGGGAGUCCGUGUGUAUGUGUAUGUGUGUGUUUGUGUGAGUCAUGGCGGACCAGCAAAGGCAACGCUCUCUCUCCACGUCGGGGGAAACACUAUACCAGGUCUUGGGGGUCGCUAAGGCUGCCUCACCAGACGACAUCAAAAAGUGCUACCGGAAACUUGCUCUGAAGUUUCAUCCAGACAAGAACCCUGACAAUCCAGAAGCAGCUGAGAAGUUUAAAGAGAUCAACAACGCUCACGCCAUUCUCAGCGAUCCCACAAAACGCAACAUCUAUGACCAGUAUGGCUCCCUCGGCCUCUUUGUGGCUGAGCAGUUUGGAGAGGAGAAUGUCAACACAUACUUUGUGCUCUCCAGCUGGUGGGCCAAGGCCUUGUUUAUUUUCUGUGGGGUUGCCACAGGUUGUUAUUGCUGCUGCUGUCUGUGCUGCUGCUGUAACUGCUGCUGUGGAAAGUGUAAACCCCGGCCCCCCAUGGACCACGAGCACGAUUUUUAUAUGUCCCCUGAGGACCUGGAGGCUCAGAUGCAGUCUGACGAAAGAGACGGUGACCCAAUCAUGGUGCAGCCCUCUUCAGCCACAGAGACCACUCAGCUGACAGCAGACAGUCACCACACCAGUUACCGGACUGACACCUCCUAUAACUAGAGCCCUCUAGAGCCUUCUCCUCAACCACCUCUCCCUCUCACCCUCCUCUGGGACCACCUGGCCAGCAGAGGGAGCUGUCCUUUUACACCCUGUGCAACAACUGCCGAGAGAAUGAAGGAGAGAAUGAGGGGCUGAGCGAGUGGACAGGUCUUUGUCUCUGAUCUCUGCUAUGAAAUGUGAAAGAUCUAAAAGUUCAGGCAUGCCUCUGCACAGACAAAGAAACAAGAUUUUCUUUUUCUUUUGCCUUUUACCUCUCCCAGACCUAGUAUACCCAUAGCCUGUCUGACACACUUUCUCACAUACAGUCUCACAGACAGCCCUGCUCAGUCUUGUGUUAGUUUCUGUUCCAUGCUAUUAAUAGAGAUCAUAUUUGAACUAUGCAUUCUUCUUGAAUAUAUAGAUAAUUAAUAUUGUACAACACAUUUGGAAAUCUACCCCAUACUAAUUUUCUUUUACCUGGAAUGACAUCUUAAUCUACACCACCCACAAAAUCGUAUGAUGUUCCUUUAUCAGAGUUAUGUUUUUGCAUAAUUGAUUUUGCAAUGUGCAGAUAUAUUCAAGCCUAUUCGUUUUGCUCUUCCAGGCAUGUGUACUGAUCAUAAACAUGGCAAGGGUGGCGAGGUAGUCUGAGUUUUUACUGUUUUUAGUUUAAACGUCCUUUGUUUGUCUGUUUUAUGUUAUAACAUACACGUUUUAGUGAAAGCAACAGUCGCAUGUGUCUACUUUCUCUCUCUAAGUAGUAGAUCUGCACCAACAGGCCUGUACAAACCCCUAUGAGGUGUAUCCCAAACCCCAGAGAUAUACCGUCAAGCAUAGGACCCACUUGAAGACAUUGUCACAUAUCAGACUCCCUGUCAUUGAAGUUCUGACAGGAAAUGUCCAUAGUCUUAAUGAUGCAAGUGUGUUUUUCGCAAAAGAAAAGCAGGAUAGUGUAGUUUAGAGUAGUUUUUAAAUGUAGUUAUUUUUGUUGUCUCCAUGUUUUGAGAGACUGUCAUGUCCUUUGUUUUUUCCUAAAGAUAAAAAAUGGCAUUUGGGAAUUUGGAUUUUUAUUGGUGGGCUCUACUGCAAUCUUUGUGUCUAUCCUGUGUAAAGUAAUACAGAAAUACAGAGCCAUCCAUGAGUACAGGUGCAGAUCUCAAUGUGUGUUUUUGCUGUAUUGUUAAAUCUUUUUGUAAGCAUUUUAUCAUAUUCGAAUUACAAAUCUCUAUUCCAAAAAGUUGGGAGAGUAUGUGAAAUGCUAAUAAAAAGCAGUGGUUUGUAAA